UCGAAACAAAACUAGCGCGAGUGCUCCUAGGCUAUCGAAGUACCCCACUGCCGUGCGGCAAGUCUCCUUCAGAGAUGCUGCUGAACUACCAAAUUCGUUCGCGCUUGGAUACUUGCAUCCCUUCUCUACCUCAACGUUACUCGCAGCCUCCCAGAUUCCAGUCCGGCGACCAGGUGUGGGUGCGCAACUUUGGCCAAGGGGAGCGUUGGCGUCCAGGCAUCGUCAAGAGCAUAGAGGGUUCACGCCUUGUAACGGUCGACACUCCAGAUGGCCUAGCCAGACGUCACUUCGACCAAAUUUUCCGUCGCGUGCCUGUGUCGCCCGUGACCCCAAAAGCGGAGGCGUCAGAGUCUCUUCAACCCAGCCCGGACAACAAGAGUCGGCCAACGUCAACGCCAGAAGCCCGGUGCAGCCUGGCCACUCCAGAAGCGAGUGGCGCUGCGCCUGUUCCUUCGACAACACCUCCAACAUCCGUCCCAGCCGAACAGGCUCUCUCUCCCCCAAGUCCGCCGGUCUUACGGAGGUCUACCCGACAACGAAGACCCGUGCAAAGACUGCAGUUUUAAAAGAAAGGGAGAAGUGAUAUGAAGUGCUGUGCCACACGUGUCAAACAUGAUUCGUUGUUUUUAUGUUACGUCAUAGGCAAGCAGCCUAUAUAUCUAGUUCGCUGUCGCUG